AUGGAGUCCUUUCAGAAGCAAAUCAAAACCCAAACUCUGAUUAAAUUAAUUUUAGUCUGUUCUUCAUUUUUUACCAUUUCAAUCUGCGUGUCAGUGCUAAUCCUAGCCAAAACAAAGGUAAUAGAAGUGAGUUAUUCACCACAAGUGUCACAGUCUGAUCCUACUACCGUUGAUCAUCUUGUAUUUGGAAUUGCCUCAACCGGAAAUUCAUGGUUUCGGAGGAAGCAAUACACAAAGCUAUGGUGGAACAGCAUACCCAAUAAAACCAUGAGAGGAUGUGUUUUCGUAGAUACCCUUCCACAUGGAGAAAAUGCCAACAACGAUGCUUCUCUUCCUCCUCUCUGUGUCUCUGAAGACACUUCCAAGUUUCUCUACACUUACAGGGGUGGUCUACGCUCAGCAAUCCGUUUGACACGUAUUGUGAAAGAGAUCGUGGCACUGAACCAUUCUGGUGUUAGAUGGUAUGUGUUUGGGGAUGAUGACACCAUUUUCUUCCCUCACAAUCUGCUCAAAACACUUUCCAAAUACGACCACAGGCUUUGGUACUAUGUUGGGUCAACCUCAGAGAUUUAUGAUGCCACCCAGGUUUUUGGUUUUGGAAUGGCAUUCGGUGGAGGUGGUUUUGCCAUCAGCUCCUCCCUAGCACAAGUCCUAGCCAAGGUUCUUGAUUCAUGCAUACAAAGGUAUCCACAUCUGUAUGGAAGCGAUGCUAGGGUCUACUCUUGCAUAACUGAACUAGGUGUCGGAUUAACACAUGAACCAGGUUUUCAUCAGGUCGAUUUGCGGGGAAAUAUCUUUGGCCUUUUGGCUUCUCAUCCGUUAACUCCCUUAUUGUCCUUACAUCACCCAGAUCACACUGAUCCUAUCUUCCCCAACAUGCCAACCGAAAAAUCACUGCAACGUUUAUUCGAAGCUGUUCGUGUCGAUUCCGAGAGGAUCCUGCAACAAACGGUUUGUUACGAAAAGAGGUUGUCAUGGACAAUUUCAGUUUCAUGGGGCUAUGCUGUUCAAGUGUUCCAGAACAACAUGGUUUUGCCAGAGGUUUUGAGAGUGGAGAAAACAUUCAGACAAUGGUUGCCAGGAAAUGUUUUUAAAGGAAUAUAUAAUUUCAACACAAGAGAAUUUCACCAUGACCCAUGUAAAAGACCCACCAUUUUCUACCUAGAUGAAGUGUCUUCUGCCAAAUAUGGUAGCAUAAGCAGUUACAAGAGACAUUUUCAAAAUUGUUCAUACAAUUCAUCAAUGAGUAAACUGGAAGUGAUCAAAGUGGUGACAAAUGAGUUACACCAUGACAGCAAACAGACCCGAAGACGGCAGUGUUGUGAUGUGUUGCCCUCUAAUGCUGGUAACUUGAUGGAAAUUGCAAUCAGAGAGUGCAAUUAUGAAGAACUGAUUUUUAUGAACUGACAGAACAAGUAUAUAUGAAAUCUAUUUUUCUACCUAACAAAUGUUUGAGUUUGAAGAAUGCAAUGGACGGUGUAAGGGAAUUUUAUCUAGAGUUUUUGAAUUCA